AUGGAGAACACAGCAGCCAUAGAGAACACAACAACCAUAGAGAAAACAGCAGCCAUUGAGAACACAGCAGCCAUAGAGAACACUGCAGCCAUAGAGAACAGGGCAGCCAUUGAUAACUCAGCGGUCAUUGAGAUCACAGCAGCAAUAGAGAACACAACAGUCAUAGAGACCAGGGCAGCCAUAGAGAACACAGCAGCCAUAGAGAACACAGCAGCCAUUGAGAACACAGCAGCCAUAGAGAACACAACAGUAAUAGAGACCACAGCAGCCAUAGAGAACACAUCAGCCAUAGAAAACUCAGCAGCCAUAGAGACCAUAGCAGCCAUAGAGAACACAGCAGCCAUAGAGAACACAUCAGCCAUAGAAAACUCAGCAGCCAUAGAGACCAUAGCAGCCAUAGAGAACACAGCAGCCAUAGAGAACACAGCAGCCAUAGAGAACACAGCAGUCAUAGGAAACACAGCAGCCAUAGAGAACCCUGCGGCCAUUGAGAACACAGCAGCCAUUGAGAACACAGCAGCCAUAGAGAACACAGCAGCCAUAGAGAACACAGCAGCCAUAGAGAACACAGCAGUCAUAGGAAACACAGCAGCCAUAGAGAACACUGCGGCCAUUGAGAACACAGCAGCCAUAGAGAACACUGCGGCCAUUGAGAACACAGCAGCCAUAGAGAACACUGCGGCCAUUGAGAACACAGCAGCUAUAGAGAACACAGCAUCUAUAGGGGACACAGAAGCCAUAGAGAACACACCAGCCAUAGUGAACACAGCAGCUAUAGAUAACACAGCAGCCAUAGAGAACACAACAGCCACAGAACACAUUGAGAACACAGUAGCCAUAGAAAACACAGCAGCCAUAGAGAACUCAGCAGCCAUUGAGAAGACAGCAGCCAUUGAGAAGACAGCAGCCAUUGAGAAGACAGCAGCCAUUGAGAACACAGCAGCCAUUGAGAACACAGCAGCCAUAGAAAACACAGCAGCCAUAGAGAACUCAGCAGCCAUUGAGAAGACAGCAGCCAUUGAGAACACAGCAGCCAUUGAGAAGACAGCAGCCAUUGAGAACACAGCAGCCAUUGAGAAGACAGCAGCCAUUGAGAAGACAGCAGCCAUUGAGAAGACAGCAGCCAUUGAGAAGACAGCAGCCAUAGAGAACACAGCAGCCAUAGAGAACACAGCAACCAUUGAGAACACAGCAGCCAUUGAGAACACAGCAGCCAUAGAGAACACAGCAGCCAUAGAGAACACAGCAACCAUUGAGAACACAGCAGCCAUUGAGAACACAGCAGCCAUAGAGACCACAGCAACCAUAGAGCCUGCACAAGCUCGCACUCUGCCUCUGGUCUUUACCGACUUGACAGUUCCAAAGGAAAAUUUCCUCACCAGGUGUCCGGGUGACGGAUGCCGUAUCAGUGUACAGACGUUGGGACGGGAAGGAUACAUCAACCACUGGGGACACAUCAAUCAUGAGGACACAUCAACCACUGGGGACACAUCAACAACUGAGGACACAUCAACCAAUGGGGACACAACAACCGCUGGGGACACAUCAACCACUGAGGACACAGCAAACAAUGAGGACACAUCAUCCACUGAGGACACAUCAACCACUGGGGACACAACAACCACUGGGGACACAUCAACCACUGAGGACACAUCAACCACUGAGGACACAUCAACCACUGAGGACACAUCAACCACUGAGGACACAUCAACCACUGAGGACACAGCAAACAAUGAGGACACAUCAACCACUGGGGACACAUCAACCACUGAGGACACAGCAAACAAUGAGGACACAUCAACCACUGAGGACACAGCAAACAAUGAGGACACAUCAACCACUGAGGACACAGCGAACAAUGAGGACACAUCAACCACUGAGGACACAUCAACCACUGAGGACACAGCAAACAAUGAGGACACAUCAACCACUGAGGACACAGCAAACAAUGAGGACACAGCAAACAAUGAGGACACAGCAAACAAUGAGGACACAGCAAACAAUGAGGACACAGCAAACAAUGAGGACACAGCAAACAAUGAGGACACAGCAAACAAUGAGGACACAGCAAACAAUGAGGACACAUCAACCACUGAGGACACAUCAAACAAUGAGGACACAUCAACCAGUGAGGACACAUCAACCACUGAGGACACAGCAAACAAUGAGGACACAUCCUUUAGGUUCUCAGCAAUGAACAAAAAUUAA